UGAUACAUACACAGUAAGAAAAGUGAUUUAAUUAUUAUUUUAUUUCAUUUAUUGUUAUUAUUAUAUGUUUAUUUAUUCCAUUUAUCUAUUUAUUUCUUUUUGAUAUGGCAUACCAUGGAUAACAGUACUAAUAUACUGCUAUUGUAAAACACAUGUAUGGGUAAUAUGGGGCGGGGGCCUUGAAUCCCUGAAUAAACUUGUUUCUUUCUACAUACAGUAAUUAUGUUUCAAUGGCUCUUUUACAAAAAUUCUGCUGCAGGCACUUUAUGAAAUACAACAAGUGUGUCACUUAGUGUGUCCAGGAUGAAUGACUUAUUUGAAAGCCAAGAAUUUUUCCUUCAGGCAAUGGUUCACUCUUCACAUGCCACAUCUACAUAAAGGGAAGUCAAAGUUGUCCUAUUUUGUUGCAUGACUUAAAUCAUCAAACCAUAAAAAAAAUUACCUGUUGGCUAAAGUGUACUGUACUUAAAUGUGCUCAGACAAGUUCUAAAAAUGAACUUCCUUUGACCCCAGAAUGUGUCAACAGAUCAAUCUGCCAGAUAUGAGUAUGUCCCAGGAACAGAGGACUGAGCCUGUACAACUGUCUUCUGAUGGUGUGGGACAUCUCACAUGUGUUCAAGAUAUUUAAAUCCAAGAUCACACAGCUAUUUUGGCCAUCUGAAUUUUUAUACAUAUUAGACCUAAAACGAUAGCAGCACAGCCUGUCUGAACACACCUUGACAAGGGAGUCCUAAAAUGGAGCCAUGUGGACAGAUGAUAGUCUUCCUAUUUUCUUUCUACUUGUGCCAAUAUACAGAAAGUGCUACAUUUCUAGGCAUAGUGUUCCCAGUGAAAGGGCAGCUGAUAGAGCUCCAGACACUGAUUCUGGGACUGGUGGAUAGAGGGCACCAGGGGUAUCUGGCUGUGGGAGAACACGCCCUCCCGUAUCUCCCCACCACCCUGACUAAUAAUGAACAUGUUCCUCUGUUAACUUUCAAAACAAGGUCGGCCGACUUCAUGCUGUUUGAGGAUAAGGAGGAGCAGAGAAAUGGACUGCUGGCCUUUUUUGACGAUCCUUAUGAAAGAAUAUUUCCAUUUAAAGCAAUAGCUUUUAGGAAUAAGGUCAAGAAACUGAUGACUACGGAGUACACUGAAGAUAUGCUAAAAGAUGACAUAUUUAAUAACAGAAUCAAGGAGCUGGGGAUAGACAUGGCAGUGCUGCACAACGCUUUUGGCUUCUUCCCCACCUCAUAUUUACUGCCAUACAAACAUAGCAUUCCAUAUAUCACUUCUUCAUUCAUACCACAUCCUCUGUCAGGGAUUUCCCUUCUUCCAUCCUUCAUUCCACAUCCAUUUAACACCGGAGCUUACACUGAUAAAAUGACUUUCUCACAGAGGAUGGGAAACUUCUUGAUGUACAAACUAUUUGCAGUCCUACUGAAGCCAGGUGAGUAUCCUGAAAAUUUGUUCAUAGAUUAUUUGCCAGGACUGCCCAAGAAAACUUUUCCAGAGCUGAUAUCUGCUUCAGAGUUGUUUAUAGUCACUGGGAAGCACCCUGCCAUAGAUUACCCUCAACCAACGAUGCCCAACACGAUCUUUGCAGGAGGAAUGAACACCCAGCCUGGGAAACCACUCUCUCCUGAACUACAAAAGUUCAUGGAUGCUCAUAAAAAUGGCGUUAUAGUGGUCAGUUUUGGUUCCUGGACAAACUACUUUCCAGAGCACAUUACCACAAAAUUCCUGGCUGCUUUUGAACAACUGGACUACGGAGUUAUAUGGAGGUUCACCGGCCCCAAACCAUCAGGUAUUCCUGAGCCUAUCAAGCUGUCAUUAUGGCUGCCACAGAAUGAUCUCCUGGCUCAUCCCAACACAAAACUGUUCAUAAGCCACUGUGGGAAUGGAGGAACAUUUGAAGCACUGUACCAUGGGAUUCCAGUACUGGGGUUCCCACUUUUUGCAGACCAGGUUUACAACAGUAACAAAUUUCAACACAGGGGGCUGUCACUAACAAUGGACAUCACAGAAUUCUCCACCGAGGCACUUGUGGACAAUAUCAAUAAAAUGAUUCAUAACUCCUCAUUUUAUGACACAGCUAAGAAACUAUCUGUCAUCUAUCAUGACCAGCAAUGGACGGCACAGCAGCAAGCAGCCCACUGGAUAGAACAUGUCCUUAAACAUGGCGGCUCGUACUUGCGAUCUCCGUCAGCUGCCAUGCCAUGGUACCAGUAUUACCUGGUGGAUGUCAUUCUAUUUCUUCUGACUGUUAUUGUGUGUACAGUACUGCUGUGUAUUGUAUGUUGUAAAUGUAUUUGUAGAAAUUGCUGUGAAAGCAAAGCUAUUGCGCCCAGUGAGAGAAAGGUUAAAUAGAUGCAUGAAGAAGACAAAAACACACAAGUGGGUUUGAAAGGCUCACUUUUACAUAUAUAUAAUGUUGGAAAGACCAAAAAGAUAAUCCAGGAAUAAUAAAAUGUGUACAUAAUCAAUGGGAAGUAGCCUCUUUAACUAUUUACUUAGAUGAACACAUAUUUCAUUGUCUUUUCCUUCCGUAACUUGUGUAAUUUUAAUCUAUAAGCAACAAUAUAUUAACUGUUAUCUGUAUUCUGUUUCUUUUUGGAACACUUCAGAAUGUUAUUCUUUCAUUCACUAAUAAAUCACGUAUCAUAAAUGCAGAUUGGUUUUAACCUAAAACAUUUGAAUAGAAGGGAAAUGCUAUGUAAUAAUUUAACAUACAUGUAGGUCUCCCUGUGAAAAAAUUCCUAAGGCAUUCACAUUAUUUUAGAGGCAUGUGUUAAAUAUUUAUAAGAUUGUACCAUAGAGAGCCAGUACAUAUAGAUAAACAUGCAUUUAAUGCUCAAAGUAAAAAAUUACUACCCUGGCCACUGUGUGCUUAGUACAGAUUAAGAGAAGGAAAACUACAGGCAGGCUGGGUUUAUAAUAUUCCUCAUGAUAUAUAUAACCUAAAUAACAUGCUUUGAUAUAGACAUGUAUAGUGUAACAAAACAAUACACCAAUAAGAAAAUAAAAUGAGAGACAAAGAGGAAGGCAGAAUACAUAAAUAUGAAUAACACAAACAUUAUUAUCCAAGAUGAGCAUUUCUCAUCAAUAAUUUUCCCUUUUUAUUUAGAACUGUGACUGAA